AUGGACGACUUGCAUGUCUCAACAGAGCAGCGACUCGCCGCACCUCAUGCUACGGAUGCUAGCCACCAGGGCCACACCCCGGAUCUUUCGGGUACGUUUGUCGAUGGCCAUUCUGCGGAAUCAGUGACCUCUUCUGAGCAAGAUGACCUUGAUUUGCAGAAAUUGGGUUACAAGUCCGUGCUUGCAAGAGGUUGGGGGGGCUUCGACAACUUUGCUUGUUCCUUCUCGGCCCUCUACUGCAUUGGUGGCAUUAGAGUCCUGUUCUACAUUGCUCUCAGUAAUGGCGGCCCGGCUUCAAUUUGGAGUUCAUGGAUCUCCGGCAGCAUCGUCUCGAUCAUCACUUCUGCGACUCUCGCCGAGGCAUGCUCUACUUACCCCGCAGCUGGUUCCAUCUAUUACUGGGCGUUUCGAUCUUGGGGUGGUGGAAAGCUGGGUCGUUUUGUCUCUUUCCUAGUGGCUGCUUGGACCUUGGUUGCUUGGACUGCUUUCCUUGCCGCGGAUUCAUUCGGUGUUGCAAACUAUCUGAUCUCCGAGGUUGUAAUUUUCAACCCACACACUGACUUCCCUCACGUCACAUCUGACGUGAAAGCUAGAGCUGUGGCUUGGGCAUUCUCUUUGCUGUUCCUAGCUAUCGCAACGUCAAUGAAUUUCCUGCCUCCUCGCUCUUACGCAUGGGUAUUCCGCGCCGGUGUCAUAGUCAUCACUAUUGACAUCCUACUCAACUUCAUCUGGUUGCCAAUUGGGGUCUCGAAGACAUACGGGUUCCAAUCCGCGGGAUUUGUUUUCGCUUCCAUAUACAACGGAGGGGAGACUUCCCCUGGACUGAACUGGGUUCUGUCCUGGUAUCUCGUUGCCAGUUGUCUCGUCGGCGAAGACGCUUCUGGUCACGUUGCUGAGGAGACCAUGUCCGCGAAGAAAUCUGCCGCAAAGGGCGUCUUCUGGGCGACUGUUGCCUCGGCACUCUGUGGUUUUCCCAUUAUUCUAGUAUUCCUGUUUUGCAUGCCUCCGAUCGAAACAUUCUACGACACCACGGCCCCUCAGCCAUUCAUCAACAUGUACGCCCUCGCUUUAGGACCCCACGCCCAUGUCGUUGCCACAUUCGUCGCUAUGAUCGGAGCAAUACUCAACACAUCCAUAUCCAUGGUAGCGGUUUCUAGACUCGUGUUUGCCAUUGCUCGAGACUCAAUAUUCCCGUUCAGCGAAGCUCUUUGCAGAGUCUCGAAGAGCAAACAGCCUCACAACGCAGUCAUUUUCACCGGGGCCAUUGCUGCUUUCCUCCUCUGCACCCAGCUACCCUCACAAGUUGCCUUCAUGAGCUUGACAUCCACAUCAGCAGCAGGCUCCAUCGCUGCUUAUGCACUCGUUGGUUUCGGUCGAGCAUUCAUCACGCGGAAGACAUUCCAGCCAAGUUUCUUUGACCUCGGAAGGUUUGGAGUUCUGUUUGCUGUCGUGACUUUCAUCUGGAACGGCUUCGCUUUUGCCGUCCUUUGUGCUCCACAGUACAGCGACACACUGAUUAAUCAAGAUGCCGGCUUGUUCAACUAUGCGAUUGUUAUCAUGUCUGGCAUCACAGCCAUUGGAGUUGAGGAGUGGUGGCGCAAAUCCAAGGCGGUCUGGUUCCACAACCUGAUGGAUCUCAAUGAAGCUUCCCAGUCGACUGAGGAAGAGGUUCGUGAUGCUGAGAGAGGUGUUACAACAGAGUCAGGAACCAGCAAGUAA